AUGCCACGUUUCUUAUUUUUACUGAUAUCUGUGUUCUGCUGGAAUGUUAAGGCGAAUUCAUUAAAGACAUGUUUCAAUGAAUGGGACUCUACUGCUGAUAUCAUUUUAAAAGAUGAACCACUCUAUUCCGAACUAAACUUCCAAGACAACGUUAGAAAGUUAGUACGCCCACAAGGAUAUAUUGCUGUGAACUCUACGAGGGAUGUCCAAAUUGCACUGAAAUGUCUGCAGUUGCUCAAUCUUCAGUUUGCAAUAAAAAGUGGUGGACAUUCGUACGAGAAGUAUUCGCGUGGCAAUACAGAUGCGUUCGUCAUAGAUUUAUCGAGAUUGAAUGAGAUAGAAUUUGAUCGCCGAACACAAAGCGUAAUGGUUGGCGCAGGAGUACAAGCUCAUGCUGUAAGCAAACGUAUUUGGGAAAUGGGUAAUUACGGUUUGCCAGUUGGUGGUUGUCCCACUGUUGGAAUAUCGGGUUUCACGUUAGGAGGAGGAUUCGGUCCGAUGUCACGGAAAUGGGGUUUAAUGUGUGAUAACGUUGUUGAAAUGGAAGUGAUCCUUGCCGACCAAAGGAGAGUUCGAGCUAGCACACGACAGAAUGCAGAUUUGUUUUGGUCUCUUCGGGGAGGCGGUGGUGGUAAUUUUGGUAUUGUGACGAAAUUUUAUUUAAAACCUUUUGAUGCUUCCGCUCAGCUGAUAGUGUCUACAAUAUCAUAUGAGAUAAGUGAUUUCCCCUCUAUGUUUACAAAAUGGUUGCAGUGGGCUGCGACGAAUCCUGCAUCUUCCAUUGAUUCAAUAAUUUAUUUUAAGAUCUUCGCACCGGAUUCGCUCGUUUUGAAGUUUGUUAUUUCUGACAAAGAUUUGGACAAAAGCAUUGAGGCCUUGAAUAGCAUAAAGCGAUACUUCAACGAAGUAGACGACCCAGAGCAUAUGAAAAUCGUUCCAUUCAUUGAUUCGUUGUAUCCCUUUUACAACAAUGCAACUAAACCGUCGCUUGUAUACGAGAAGCAUAAAAGUUUUUUCGUAUCGAAAUGGUUGAAUUCAACUGAAGUCAAUUCAUUCAACGAAAAACUGGUCGAACACAGUUAUGCACAAUUUCUGAUUCAGCUCUGUGGUGGCAAAAUAAGCGAAAAAUCUGCAACCGAAACUGCAUUUUAUCACCGAGGAACAUUUUUCGAACUAGACUUUGGAUUCACCGUUCCUCUGCGCAAAGACGGAGACAUUCAAGGGACCAUCGCAGACGGUGAGGAAUUGGAGCCGAAACUGAAGCAGUUCACCGAAUCUAUUUCUCUAUUUAUCAAAGACAAGGCAGCUUAUGUGAAUGUAAUAGAUGGUGACUUACAAUGUCCACUAGAAAAAUACUACGACAAAAAUUACAGUAAAUUGAAAAUGGUUAAGAGACGAUAUGAUCAAAGAGAUGUAUUCAAAUUUCCACUCAGUAUACCUCUUACUUGCGUUUGCUCCAAUGAAUCGUGUGUUCACGGUUAA